AUGGGAGUGACCGUAUUUCCUUCUCUGGUUCUUGCACCCUGCCACUGGGAGCUCCUCAACCACCAAAUGAACCUCACGUUUGAUAUUCAUAACUAUGUGAGAGGGUUGCACGAUGCCGUUCUGGCCAGAUUCAAGUGCCCGGUGCAGACGGUGUGUCGAGCGUUUCCAUCCCAGGAAGCUGCUGAGCGUUUUGUCGCAAGACUACAGAAAGCAGAUCCCUCAGUAUCGGCGCACAUGGCGCGGUUCCAGCUUCCUCGUGAGGCAGUUCCUGAGAUGGCAAAAUGGGCUGCGUUCUCAGUCGUCUUGUUUCAGGGAAGUCACGAAGAAGUGGCGUUCGAGUUCUGGGAAUGGUUCGGAGAUGGCAUCUCCAGCAGACAUGCCGAGUUCUGCGUAUCUCUGUUUUCCUUCAUGAAUUCUGAUUCGGAUCACUCUGAAUAUCAGACUGUGGGUCCAGCUUCCCAUGAUCUGAGUGCCAUGACCAUUCCAGAGUGGAUUGCCUUCUCUACCCAAGACAAAAUGGAUAUCAAGUCCAGGCUUGCCAGCUCAGCGACAUCAGCAGAUCCAGCCUUGAAACCCGUCGGAAAUGACGAUGUAUUUCUCUAUGCAACUGGGAUGGCUGCAAUCAGCGCCAUUGCCCGCGCGCUCGCUCGGACAUCGGAGGACUCUGGCGCUGUGGUGUACGGGUGGCCGUACUCCGGUACUCCUCAUUGCGUACAAGGCUGUGGGUUCAAGCGCUACACCAUGUACGGCCAUGGCUCUAAGGAGGAUCUCGAUACACUCGAGUCCUUGCUGGUUUCAGGGACUCGAUACACGGUGCUGUUCUGCGAGAUCACGUCCAAUCCUCUAUUGUCUACGCCGGAUUUGCACCGCAUCCGAGAUCUCGCCAACCGAUUUGGCUUCGUCGUCGUGUGUGAUGAUACACUUGGCACGUCCGUCAACGUGGAUAUCCUGCCAUAUGUCGAUGUCAUCGUCACCAGCUUGACCAAGAUCUUCAGCGGCGCAGGCAACGUCAUGGGAGGGAGCCUCAUGACCAACCCCAACUCCCGCCGCUACAGCUCUCUCCGUGCCCUUCUAAACAAAACCUACGAGGACCUCUACUUCCCCCUCGAUGCAAAGACAAUGGCGCACAACUCCUCCGACUUCGCAGCCCGCGUCCACAAAUGCAGCACGACCGCCCUGCAGAUUGCCAAUUUCCUCAAGUCCCAUCCAUCCGUCGAAUCCGUCAACUAUCCCACCACGGUCGCCACCGCCCCUCUGUACGAGCAGUACCGCCGCCCCGACGGCGGAUACGGAUUCCUCCUCAGCGUCGUCUUCCGCGAGCCCGCGAGCGCGGUGGUCUUCUACGACAACCUUGAUGUGUGGAAGGGGCCUACUGUCGGCACGAAUUUGUCGAUUUCCAUCCCGUAUUCGGCGCUGGCGCAUGCGAAGGAACAGGACUGGGCGGCGGCGCAUGGGGUCCCGAAGCAUAUUGUGCGGCUGAGCGUUGGGCUGGAGGAUUAUGGCGAUUUGGCUGAGCGGGUUGGUCGGGCGUUGCAAGAUGUGGAAAUGAGAGAGAAGAUGGGUCAGAGAUGUUGA